AUGCCACCUCCUGUCGGCAGAUACGGGCCUGCUGGCCUGGGCGCUUCUUCAUAUACCCACUUGCAGCAGGCCCAUCUUCAGCAGCAACACCAGCAAGCAGCGCAACAGCAACAACAACAUCACCCCGCCCACGCCCAAUCCGCCAACACCGCUCUCCCUCCUCCCUCCCUCGGUGGUCACCCGGGUUUCGCCGCCGGGAAUCCCAAUACCAACAUCAACCCAUUCACCCUCUCCGGCUCCGGCAUUGCAAAUGGCAUCUCGGUGGCAGGCUUUGGCGGAGGCGCCGCGGAUGCAGGCGGUACUGGGCUCGCCAGCCAUGCGGCUCAGAUGGGCUUCGCCCGGGGGGCGCAGAUGCAACAACAGCAAUUACAUCAGGCCCAUGACGGGCGGAUCGCACUCGAGUCCAAGGCGGGCGGCGCCGUGAAGACGCGGAUCCGUGAUGUAUGGAGCCACAACCUGGCUCAGGAGAUGGCCAUCUUGCGGCAGUUCGUGGAGAAAUACCCGUACAUCAGCAUGGACACCGAAUUUCCCGGCAUCGUCGCACGCCCGAUCGGAGCGUUCACCAACAAAGCAGACUACCACUACCAAACCCUCCGGUGUAACGUCGACCUCCUCAAAAUGAUCCAACUCGGCAUCACCCUGUUCUCUGCCGAGGGCGAGGUCCCGCCCCCGAAUGCCACCGACGCCAAUGGUCAGCCCCUCGGCAACAGCCUCGUCCCGGCCCCUUGCACGUGGCAGUUCAACUUUCGGUUCUCGUUGGAGGAGGAUAUGUACGCCCAGGAGUCGACGGCGAUGCUGGCCAAGGCGGGGAUUGAAUUUACGAUGCACGAGAAGAACGGCAUCGAUCCGUUCGAGUUUGGCGCGCUCCUAAUCAGCUCGGGGCUAGUCCUGCUGGACGACGUGCACUGGGUCUCGUUCCACUCCGGCUACGAUUUCGGUUACCUGAUGAAGAUCAUGCUCUGCAAGCCGCUGCCGGAAAGCGAGGAGGAGUUCCACAAGCUCUUGAACAUCUUCUUCCCGUCGCUGUACGAUAUUAAGUACCUGAUGAAGCACGCCGGGCGCAACCAGGCCGUCAACGACAUCCCCUUGACCCCGGCCGCGGCCCAGAUCCUGACGAAUCUCGGUCAGAAGUCGGGUCUUCAGGACAUUGCGGACGAGCUGGGCGUCAAGCGCGUGGGAAUCGCCCACCAGGCUGGGUCCGACUCCCUCGUCACCGGCGAGAUCUACUGGAAGAUGCGCCAGCUGGUCUUCGGCGGCACCAUCGACGACUCGAAAUACUCCGGGCAGAUCUGGGGCUUGAACGGCCAGAUGCCAGCACUGCUGUACCACAUGCAACCUCACCAGACCCCCAACCUCAAUGGGGCCACCAUCUACUCGGCCACGGGCACCCCCAGCACCCCCAACGCUGGUCACAUCGGCGGAAGCCAAACACCACACACAAUGACCCCUGGUGGUACUGGCGGUGUAUUGGCACAGUUCCAGGCUGCCAAAUCGUGA